UGAAGCCGUGAUGGAGCUGCUGGGUUUAAGGUAGUUCAGCGCUCCUCUUGUGUGUCUGCAGGUCUGUGUGAGAGCGCGUCCUGCGGCGAAGUCUUUCUGUUGGCCUCGGCAGCGCUGGCGAACAUCACCUUCUUCGACAGCAUGGCCUGUGAAAUCCUCCUGCAGCUCAACGCCGUUCACAUCCUGCUGCAGGCCUGCAGAGACCGGCAGCGCGUCGACACGCCGUACUCCAAAGACCAGGUUGUGACGAUCCUUGCCAAUCUGUCGGUUCUGGAGCAAUGCACCGCAGAUGUCCUGGAGGAGAAGGGAAUCGAGCAGCUGCUGGUGUUGCUGAAUGAGAAGCCCUCAUCCUCCAGUCCAUCGGAGGGCGCCGCAUGCGAGCGUGUUCAACAGAAAGCUGCCGUCACACUGGCUCGUCUCAGCAGAGACCCGCUGGUCGCUCAGACCGCCAUACAGCUCCGGGCUGUUCCUCGUCUCAUUGAGUUGUGUCGCUCACCAGCCGAAAGGAACAACAGUGAUUCAGUACUCGUCGCCUGUCUGGCUGCUUUGAGGAGGCUUGAGGCUGAAUGUCCGGACAGUAUCGGACCUGCUGACCAUCAACAGCUGAUCAAGCCCAGACUGGUGGACUCGUUCCUGUUGUGCUCCAACAUGGAGGAAAGCUUCGUCUGAAUCAAAAACAACCUGUGCAAUUUUCUCAAAGUAUUUAUUUGUUACCAAAAGAAACCACAUUGGCUGACCUGUACGUUUUUGUAUACAACCUCCAGCCAUCCGGAAGAAAUAUAACAUGGAUCAUGCAUGACUGAAAUAUACUGACUGAUGUAAAAAGCAUUAUUUACAUCAGUCAGGGAUUUAGAAAAUCUUUGUACAAAAGUAUCAAAUAAAAAUGAAAACUCAUAUUCAGCUGCAGCUGUGCUUGAAGAAUCAGACAUUUUAAAUGUAUCAUGUGUAUAUUUCCUAUUCAAAUGAAUGUAAAUGAAUGUUUGAUACUGCAGCCUAUAUAGUGCUGAAAACUAUUUAAGAAUCUGGUAAAGAAGCAUGUGCUGAAUAAAGCUAAACUCUGCUGGG